AUGGCUGAACCUGAGGAACUAGAGGAGGAUCUCUUCGCAGAUCUCUAUGAUGCCGACGAGUCGACGAACCGCACAACCUCUGCUGUAGAGGCCCCGAAACCCGCCGUUCCAGUGCCUUCAGCAAUCCCUGCGCAGCCCAUAGAGGAGCCCUCUGUCCCAAGCUAUGAUCCCACCCCUGUGGAGGCAUACCCGAUACAAGCUGCCCCCCAGCAAGACUCUCUUUCUGGCUUCCAGAAUGGUGCUGAGGGUAUCUCCAACGUCCCUGCGGGGGCUCCCCACGCUGAUAAUGAGUCGCACGGGACGGGAAUUAAAGAAGAUGGGUAA